CGGCGGCUACUGGUGCACGUGACCUUUCUCAACACUUAGAGAAAAGUCGCCAUCGUCGCCAAAAGCGCUGGAAAAGAAGCACAGGAAGCAAUUGCAGCUAAGCUCUUCGAAACAUCAAACAACACAUAGUACACAGCACACAAUGGGUUCCAGAAGAUACGACAGCCGUACUACCAUUUUUUCGCCUGAAGGUCGUCUUUAUCAGGUAGAGUAUGCUUUGGAGGCAAUUUCCCAUGCUGGUACUUCAAUUGGUAUUUUGGCCAGUGAUGGAAUCGUUUUGGCAGCUGAAAGAAAAAUCACAAGCAAAUUGCUAGACCAAGAAAGUUCUGAAAAGAUGUAUAUAUUGAAUGACAAUAUGAUUUGUUCAGUAGCUGGGAUGACUGCAGAUGCAAGUAUUUUGAUAAAUUUUGCUAGAAAUACUGCUCAAGGCUAUUUGAAAAGUUACAAUGAAGAAAUUCCCUGUGAAUUAUUAGUUCGUCGUUUGUGUGAUGUCAAACAAGGUUAUACUCAACAUGGUGGUUUACGACCCUUUGGUGUCUCGUUCAUCUACGCAGGAUUUGAUUCAAAAUUUGGUUACCAAUUGUUUACAUCCAAUCCUAGUGGCAAUUACAGUGGUUGGAAAGCCAUUAGUAUUGGUGCCAAUAGUUCAUCUGCCCAAACUUUGUUGAAACAGGAUUAUAGCGAUAAAAUUAAUAUUGAAGAAGCUAAGCAAUUGGCCAUAAAAGUUCUUAGUAAAACAAUGGACAGUACAACAUUAAGUAAAGAUAAAUUAGAAUUGGCUAUAAUUAAGUUUGAUGAUGAUUCAAACAAAAUCAUCCAAAAGAUUUUAAAGCCAGACGAAAUCGAUAAGUUAUUAAAAGAAGCUGGCAUUAUAAAAGAAGAAGAUCAAGAUGAAGAAUUAUAAUCAUUUGUAAUCAAUUAUAAUCAAUUUGUCUUUUUAUUUACAUCUCUUUUAAUUUAAUUAUAUAUUUAAUCAAGUAAUUUAGAGCAUUAUCCAAUCGAC